AAGCAGGUCGCAGGACACACGAACACACAUUUGCUGCAGCUCCGGUUGCAGGCAGCAGCAGAGGGAGCUGGACUCCAGCGGGGCGCGCUCUGAUUGGACGGCGGGGAUGUGGGCGGAUUUGCGUUGGCGUUACACUCACUACGGAUUAACUUGUUUUUUUUAUGUCGCCAUAUCUGUCACAUUUUGCAGCGGGUAGCCGGAUCACCUGCAGAUUAUCUAUUCCACAGCGGACGCCUUCACGCCCGGCGGCCUGUGUGAUGUGCGUGGGGCUGGGUUGAAGUGCGAUGAGGGCGCCUGGAUGUGGAGCAGACGCCGCACUGAGCCUACAGUGCUGAUGUCCUGUCACGCUGAUGGGGGCCGACGCCAGUAAGAGCAGGAAGAGGCCCACCGAAGGCCAGGAGGAUGAGCGCUUCUCGUCCGGGUGGCGUGGCUUACUGUCCACCAUAGGCAUGUCCAUCCCAGCCGGCCUCUGCCGCCUGGCUCCCUCCACGCUGCGUCUGGGCCAGCGUCGCAUGCUCCAGGACAAGAGCCCCGACAUCCCAGAGCACGUCCUGAGGUUGGCCGGCGUCGGGCCCCACCGGCUGCGAGCAGAGUGGAGCCUGCCUGGGUUCAUAACCAUGUUCCUGCCUGAAUUCCCGCACAGAUCCGUGCCGGGGCAUGAGUACUUUCAGGUGCUGGGUUACAUCGCCAAAGGUUCAUUUGGACCCAUUCUAAAAGUGAAAGACAAAGCCAAACAGAAAACAUAUGCAGUCAAAGUGAUACCUAAAUCAGAGAUUCUGAGACUUGGGGUCUUGGACCAGUCAAAAGAAGAAGUGAUAAUUCAGCGUCAGGUCCGCCACCCUUUUGUCCAUGAUCUUCAGGACUGCUGGCAGACUCAGCGCCACCUCUACAUUAUGUGUGACUACUGCAGCACGGGAGACCUGUACACCUACUGGCAGAUGAUUGGUCAGUUUACAGAAGCUACGGUGCGAAUAUUUGCAGCAGAGCUGGGAUGUGCACUUGGGUUUCUGCACGACAUAGGGAUCAUCCACAGAGAUGUGAAGAUGGAGAAUAUCUUGCUGACAGAUAACGGUCACCUCCGCCUCGCUGACUUUGGUUUGUCCCGCCGCCUGGAGAGAGGAGGGAGGGCCUUCACUAUUUGUGGAACCAUCCAAUACAUGGCCCCAGAGGUGCUGAGCGGCGGACCCUAUAACCACGCAGCUGAUUGGUGGUCGCUGGGGAUUCUGCUGUUUUCACUGGUUAAUGGGAAGUUCCCCGUGCCUCCGGAACCGGACCACUGCAGUAUGUUGAGGAAAGUGAGGAGUUUUCCCUAUGAAAUGCCCCUCAGCUUCAGCUCCUCAUUUGCCUUGCUCAUAACCGAGCUUCUGUGCAAGACUCCCGUCCGUCGCCUGAGGACCCUGGACCGUUUCAAACGCCAGACCUUCUUUCACGGGACAACCUUUGACCUCGCCCUGCUGCAGCGCCGGCCCGUGGAGGUGAUUCUGGAGCUGAGAGAGAGGCCAGACAGAGCCGCCAAAGCUCGACGGGGACUCACGUUGUCUUUGCAGCCGCUCAAGGGGUUCGACUACGAGUCCCUCCUCAGCCCUCCUGCCACGCCGGACACUCAGCUGGAGGCCGACACUCGGGCUCACGCAGUUGCACCUCUGCCCGGCCCCGCAUCCCGGCUGCAGCCCGUUCAGGACAAAGGCAGAGAAGUCUUUGUGUAGGUUUAUGAGUUCACAAUAUGUUUUUGUGCAGUUAUUCACCCUAACACACCCAGUAAACGCUAAAACAACUGAUUAUGUUCAUUGGAUCUAUAGUUUAAAAGGGAAUGGCUACUUUCAGUUAAACCCUUGUCUCCACUUUCACUGUUGGGUUUAUUCUUUUUUGUGCUGUUCUCCUUUGUUUUGUACUUGUUUGCCUUUGUCCAUUGAGCACAUUUAAAGCCUGCUGUGAUGAGGAAGUUUACACCAUUGUCUAAUAUUAGACAGGUUAUUGUUAUCUUGUUAAUAUACAACUGCUACCAAAUUCAUCCCACAUGGACCCACAUUUUGCAGCAAGAUGUGUAUACAUGUAAACAUUCAACCCAAGUCAAGUGUUCAAGUGUUUUUCUGAACAUUUGCUUUUGUUUUAGUGAUUAUGAAAUAUUUUUGGCAGAAGUUGAUGGAGAAAACGUCUUUCCUCAUUUUCUAAGUGAAACCUCUCUUCUCAUGCACAGUAUUAAAACUGUGCAUUGCAUCAGGAUGCGUACGCCUUCAGUGUCUACCUUACCAUUUAUAACCUGCGACUCAGGGGAGCUGGUUUUCAGAUUCAGCCUUGGGUUUGACUUUGACAUAGCACUCAGCUGUUCAGAUAUGAGUUGGAACUGUAAGUGUUGAAUGAACAACAGUAUUGUUUACCUCCAGUUCACACUUUGAUAGAUAGAGAGCUUUUUCUAUUGUCCAAGGCUGCCGUUACUCUAGCCAGUAAUUACACCUUCAAGCACUUACCUGAUUUUUACAUUACAUUAUAAUUAAGGAAACACUGCCCUGUUGUGUACCCACAAUACCUCAUGUCUGUGAUCCUUAGCUUACAUUCUUUGUCACAGAAAAAUUUGCAUUUAUAAAUUCCUCUUUAUAAGUUUUAUAUGAAGAGUUGGAUGCUAUUUGUUGUAACGUUAUGAUGUAUUUUUGUAAUUAAUCUGUAGCACACUGAAUAUUAAACUCUUACUAUACAAUCA